AGCGAUGGAUGAUGCGGAUGUCGAUUGCUGAUGCCUGUGUCCGGAUGUAGACCACGCUGCCGAAGGAGUCAGGCAUGGACGCUCUCGAGUUGUUUCGGAAACUCGGAGCUGGAGCUAAAUUUGACCUGAAAAGGUUUGGUCAAGAUGCCGCUCGGUUUAAGCUAUGCAGAUCUCAUGAUUUGGAAGCAACCUCAGAUCCUUUAUCUGCGAUCGAUUACUUCGGGACAAGUCGAGCCAGCGAAGCCCAGAGCAGGGGCACAAGUAAGGAGGAGGAAAAUGAUGGAGGAGGACAGCAGCUUGAGGACAGUGAAGACUCUGGUUCUGGGGGGAAAAGGAAGCGAAAGGAUCGAGAAAGAAUAGCAAGAAAGAAGAAGACAACAAACGAUCAGACGGAGGUGGAAGGUGACCAAACACUGAAAAGCAAAGGAAAUGGCAUCACUUGGACAUCCUCAUUCGACAGAAAGAUUACAAACCUGCCAAAUGAUGAAAAGGAGAAAAAUUCACUGAAGAGACUGAAGCAUCUUCAUCAAGAAAAGGUGAAUCGUAUCCGAUCUCGAAACCGUAUAAAUGUGCAUGGCUGUGAUGUCCCAGACCCAGUGUGCACAUUUGAUGAACUGCAGUCAGAGUAUCGCCUCAAUCCACGUGUCAUUCAGAACCUCAAGGAUGCAGGGCUGAAUUCCCCAACACCCAUACAGAUGCAGGCAAUCCCUCUCAUGAUGCAUGGUCGAGAGGUCCUGGCUUGUGCUCCGACAGGAUCAGGAAAGACUUUGGCUUUUUGCCUCCCACUGCUUUCUCACCUGCAGCAGCCGGCCAACCUGGGAUUUAGAGCUGUGAUCAUCUCUCCAACCAGAGAACUGGCCAGCCAGACCUACAGGGAGCUGCUUCGCCUGUCUGAGGGAGUCGGUUUUAGAGUUCACAUCAUAGACAAGGCUUCCCUGGCAGCCAAGAAAUAUGGACCACAAUCAAACAAAAAAUAUGAUAUACUCGUCAGCACUCCGAACAGACUCAUCUUUCUUCUCAACCAGGAUCCUCCAGCUCUCGACCUCAGCAGUGUGGAGUGGCUAGUGGUCGAUGAGUCCGAUAAGCUGUUUGAAGAUGGCAAAACAGGCUUCAGGGAGCAGCUCGCCACAAUCUUUCUGGCCUGUUCUGGACCCAAGGUACGCAGAGCUUUCUUCAGUGCCACCUGCACACCGGAUGUGGAGAAGUGGUGCCGUCUGAACCUUGACAACUUGGUGUCUGUCAACAUCGGACACAGAAAUGCUGCAGUUGACACAGUGGAACAGGAGCUGUUGUUUGUUGGGACAGAGAACGGCAAACUACUGGCCAUGAGAGACAUCAUCAAGAAAGGUUUCCUGCCACCGAUGCUGGUGUUUGUUCAGUCUAAAGAACGAGCGCGGGAGCUCUUUCAUGAGUUGGUCUAUGAAGGCAUCAACGUGGAUGUCAUCCACGCAGAGCGCACUCAGCAGCAGAGAGACAAUGUAGUUGCUAGCUUCCGCGCUGGUAAGAUUUGGGUGUUGAUCUGCACAGCUCUGCUGGCCAGAGGAAUCGACUUCAAAGGAGUUAACUUUGUGCUGAACUACGACUUCCCCGGCAGCGCUGUGGACUACAUCCACAGGAUUGGACGUACUGGUAGAGCUGGACAUCAGGGAAAGGCCAUCACCUUUUUCACAGAAAAUGACAAACCACUGCUGCGCAGCAUCGCUAAUGUUAUAAAACAAGCUGGAUGUCCUGUUCCUGAAUACAUGGUUGACUUAAAGAAGACUCGCAGCAAAGACAAGCGGAAACUUGAGAAGAAACCUCCUAAGAGAAACUCCAUCUGCACAACUCCUCGCUACUUGAUGAAGAAAGGCAAAGCACCAAAAAAAGGGCAGAAGAAGGCAGGGAGUGGAAAGCAGAAGAGAGAAGAAGCGCCUCAAACGCCAACACAGAAACUGAAGGAUAAAAAGUCGACAAAACAGAAGAAAAGAGAUACAGCACAGAAAGAAGAGGGAACAGAAAAACGUACAAAGAUAGCAAAGUUAAAAAAGAAAAAGGGGAAGAAAAAUAUUCAACAACAACAAUAGGAGGAGUCAAUAAAAACGAUGGUGGAUGUGUAUUUUGUUAAUCAUUUUCUUUACAUUUUGCAGUUUAUUAGAUUAUACAAAAAACAGCUGUAUACAAUAAACAACUUCCAUGUCGC